GUGCAUGAACACACACAGAGACAGAUCACAAAUAUGCGUCUUCACUUCUGCCUCUGAACACUGACACUGAAGCAGCUGACCUAAUCGCUGCAACAUCAGUUAAACAUCUGCAGCCAGACCAUGUCUCCCAAUGGCUCCUUUUCCACCCUUAACAAUUCCAAGAAUGACCAGGCGACAACUGUGGAUGUCGACGCCAUCAUGGACAACGUCUCCAUUGUCCUCUACACUCUGACCGUCGUACUCGGCAUCACAGGGAACUUCAUGGUGAUCUGGGUGGCCGGGUUCAAGCUCAAGCCAAAAGUCACAAACGUGUGGCUGGUGAAUUUGGCGAUUGCUGACCUAAUCUUCUGCUUCUCGCGGGUCUUCUCCCUCACUAAGAAGCUGUUCUUCAAACACUGGCCCUUCGGCAUCUUCAUCUGCAAGUUCAACGGCUUCUUCAAAUACGCCAACAUGUUCUGCUCCGUCUUUCUGUUGGCUGUGAUCAGUCUGGACCGAGCGCUCUGCGUCUGGCGGCCCGUCUUCACCAAGCGACGGCGCACCCUGUGGGUGGCGAGGGUGGUGGCUGUCUGCGUCUGGAGCACCUCGAUCCUCUUCAGCGCUCCAUUCUUCGUCCACCGCCAAGUCUACCUGGGGAAGAACAACGUGAGCAAGUGCUCUUUGGAAGUGAAGGAGGGGAACAACAGCAGCGCUAAACUGGCUCUCUUCUUGAUCCGCUUCGUGUGCGGCUUCCUGUUGCCUUUCAUGGUCAUCCUCAUCUGUUACAUCCUGGCCGGAUUUGGCAUCCGACGCACCCGCCUGUCCGGGAAGUCCCGCCCCCUGCGCAUAUUAGCAUCAUUAGUUGUCGCCUUCUUCCUGUGCUGGGCGCCGUACCACUGCCUCCUGCUGGUGAAGAUGGGGGACAGUAACAACGCUGUGGUGAAGAUCUGGCAACCUUUGGCGAAGGGCGUCGCCUACUUUAACAGCUGUGUGAACCCACUGUUGUACUUCUGCAUGGGGCUGGACGUGAGGGGGCGCUUCAGGCAGAGUCUGGCGGGGGUGUACAAGAGAGCUCUGGCAGAUGACGUGGACGGACAGACGACCGAGUCCAACGAUCGCUCCUUGGAAGACAGCAGCGGGUGGAAACACAGUACAGUCAGAAAAGAAAGGAGUCAGACAAUAUUGGGUGUAGAUAAAGUCUGAGGUUCUCCCAGAGUUUCUUUGAGCAUUUAUAAACGCCAUAACAGCUAGAGAGUUCCUUCUUUUUGGAGCAGAAAGCUAACAUUCUGUCUAUCGUGAUAUUAUGUUGCACACUUCGUGAUUUUGUGACGUGUGGUGCAAAUCCGCGUGACACCAUUGUUAAAUCAUCGAAAUGCCUUUAUAUUCUGCUCGUAAAAACGAGCAUAUCUCAAAAAUGUUCAAAUAAGUUCUGGAGUAUUGAGGAAAUAUUUUGCUUAGUUUCUACAUUUAGAAAUCUUUUGGAUCAAUGUGUUUUGUGUGUUUGUUUAGUUAAAUUAGAUAAAAAACAGAUGUAUUAUUUUAGACACAAUUUCAAUGUUUUUAUUCAUUAUAAUGGCUUAGUGACUUGUAUAACCUUUUAGCUCAGGUUGUACUGAUUUUAGGGAUAUGAAGCACUCCGGUGGUAAUUCAAUGCACAUUGACAGUACAUGCAAAUAACUUUAGUCUUGUGGAGAGAACCAUCUGGAAGGGCUUUUGAAACUGAAUUCUACAACUGCCAUUCAAAAGAACCUUUUAUUUGACAUACUGAGGUCAGAAUUACAUUUUCCUGUAAAGUUGUGUUUUGAUGCAUGUGAUUAAAGUCACAGAUGGAAAGUGGAAGUGUGGUGAGUUUGGUGAAUAGGAAAGAAGGCAGAGGGAAGUGAGGUUAUUAAAAGGAAAGCCAGUAAUAACUUGACGCUGUCUUGUGGUCAUGGGUCACAAGGAAGGGUAGGUGAAUUGAAACUGUGCAGCGUUUGAAAUAAUCUGUCACUUGGUUUCUAUGCAUAUAUUCGUUUUCUACCAUCAGAGAUGCUCCAAAGGGUUUUAUUGUACAUAAUAAAUAGUAAGCUUGGUUCAGAAGUGGGCAGAGCAUUUGCAGCUUUUAUGGGACAAAUGCAUCUGGAUAAUAAUAAUAAAACGAAGCCUAUAAGCUGCACAAUGAACAACAGUCCUUAGCAACCGACUCAUAAAAAAACAAUGUACUUUCUCUGUGGAUUACUUACACACGUCUGUGCAAUCAGACUGUUUACCUUGAACUCAAUGCUUUUUAGGUUUCAUGGUAUUUCUGUUCUGCUGUUUCCUGGAGCAGCAGUAUCAUGUUGAAUAAUCACAGUGUUAAAAAUUUGAUUUAAAUGUCACUGCAAUUAGGGAUUAUGAACCCAGUUCUUCUUUGUUUGUUGUACAUUUCUGUAACGUUUCUGUAACACAUAUUACUUUGUAAAUAAUAUAAGAUUAUAGAGAAACUGUUGUAUGAAAAUAAGUUGUAGGAAAUAUGUGUUUAAACUUUUUAACUGUGCAAAAGUUGUCAAUAGAUGCCAUAAGUGUUGGUGGUCCUUUAUAAAUAAAAGAGUGUUAACUGUU